AUGCGACCGGACGAGCACAAGAAAAAGAAAAAUGCASAAUAUAAGAAAAAACAUGGAAUACAAGCUAAAAAAGAAAGCAAGAAGGAAGAAAUAAAGAAAGAUAAAUCAGAGAAACCUCAAMAUUCUGAAGAAAAGCAAGAAAACACUUCAAAAAAUGCCGUUUGUGAAACAAGACGUUUUUCAAGAAGGAAAGUAACUAGUAAUUGGGACAGAUAUGAAGAUUCAGAAGUAGGUGGAUCCGAUGAUGCUUACCAGACUAUAGGGCGAAGAGGAGCUGACUUUACCACUUUGAUAGAAAGAGCAGGUGACUCCCAUUCACAAUUCAGAUUUCAAGCUGAGAAGGAAUGGGAAGAAGAAUCAAUUGGCAUUGGCGUUCAGGAAUCCCAAGAUGUUCUGAAAAUUAAUUUUGAGGAUUUAAGCCAGUCUCUCAAUUCUCUGCCCUUGUACAAGAAACUGAACAUUGAGGAAAAUGUAAUAUAUUCAGAGCAUCAGGAAGUUGAUUAUGAUCAAAGAGCAACUACAAUAAAAGGGAUGCUMAAAGGUAUAGAUAUCCAUGAUGCACUAGAAAACAUUGCAGAGGUCAAUCAAAAAAGGUCAUCAAACCUUUCACUGAAUCAACAACCCAAGCCACAGUUGAACUUCAAUUUUCUCCCUUCCCGAGCUGAUUCUCCAACAACUCAAAAUAAAAAAGACACCACAAAUUUAAGUCAGUCAAUGAAAGAUCCAUCAAGUGAAACUUCUUAUGGGCUGAAUGCGAGUGCURUUACUGGUACACUUCAUUCUAUGGGUGUCAUAAAAAAGACUCGUCAACAGGAUGACGAUGAGUUGGAUUGCUUGCUUUCGCUUGAGAAUGGCCAACAUCAGGAAAAUUCCAUUGAAGAACCACUCGAUGCCAAAAAGGUACCUAACAACAUUCCUCUUCAAAUAGAUUUUAAAAUGCCAGAUACACAAGCAACAGAAAUUGAUGCAACAAAAACCUCACUCCCUCUGGAUAAAAACACCACAUCUCAGGACCAUAGCCCUUCAGGUAAAAAAUCAGAAACACCCUCAGAUACUCAGAAACCCAAAGAAGACCUAGAGGACUGGCUAGAUAGUGUUCUUGGUUAGAUAUACAGUAUUUUAUACUUUAAUAAUAGAACAAAGUCAAGAUAAACUAUUGUAUAACUAUUUAGUAUUACACUGCAGCAUUAAAUUAGAAAAAUAAUGUUAUGUACAAUGUUUGAAUCAGCAUGCCAGCUGACUGCCACACAUCCCAAAAUUAACCAAAUUAUUUUAUGGAGUCACCAGCAUGAGUAUAGUCAGAUAACUGGAUAACUUCUUAGUAUAAAUACGUUGUACAGUAGCAUUAACGUAUGAAAAGUAAUUUUAUGUUGUCAUUUUAUUUUAUAAUGAGGAAUACACCACAGCAAUAUUAUUUACCACAGACACGAUUGCAAGUAAGUUAACAACUCAUCCUCAAUUGUAUGAAUUUUAAAUUGGAUUUUCUCAUCAAAAAUGGAAAAAAAUCUUUAAGAGUUCAGUUAAACAUAAAAUUAUACACCUAGCRAAGUGAUAUGAAAUACAAAAUAUUUCCAUCCAACUCUUAUAUACUAUCAAUGUUUUCAGUGCUAUGAGCUGAUUUGGAGACAGGGACAGAUCCUGGAAUUUGUUGAGGGGGUGUCCCAAAUAAACAAUUAGGUUUCAACAA